CCAUAGUCUGGUAUCAAUCCAGCUGUGUAUUCCAGAACUGCACUAGCUCCUCCCCACCCUAUCCCCCACUUCUAUAUCUAGGCCUCUUAUUAUUCUCUCACACAUUGUAUUUUGGGCUUGUACAUUAAUCGUGAUACCCCUGACUCCUUUCUAUCUUGUCAUGAACCAUUUUGAGGACUUAGAUGGCUGCUUCUUGCUUUAUGCCCCUCCUGAUUGUUGUGGGUAAAAGUGAUGCCUUCUUUCUUCCACUCCAUCCCUGCGGCUCUUAUUUUGCACUAGUUUCAUCUGCAGUAUUGACUGCAGACCAACUAUGUGCCUGACACUGUUGUAAAUGUGGGAUAAUCAUUAGUGAGUAAGGAGAACAAAGUUGUUGCACACAUAAAGCCAAUAUUCUAGUUGGAGGCAAUAGAUAAUGAUGAAGGAAAAGCAUUCACUAGAAAUGCAAUGCAAAAAAUUAAAGAGGGUUUUGUGAAUGAUAAUCAGCUGCAGUUUCCUUCUAUUGGUCAGGAAAAACCUCUCUGAAGAUUCAAAUCCAAAAAGAUGAAGGUAUAUGAUUGGGGAAGGAACAAUUUACGCAGCAGGAACAGAUAGUAUAAAAGUGCUGAAGAAGGCCAGUGUAGCCAGAGGAUGGUGAGUAAUAAGGCAAAUGUACAAGAGAAAGGCAGGAUCCAGAAUCUUAGAUGUCUUUGGAAACCAAGGAUCACGAAAGUCAUGCUGGAAAGGAAGUAGCGAUCCAGAGGUCAUCAGUGAAUGAGGAGUCAUCAGGGGAUCCAAGACAGGAUGGCAGCAGGCAUUAAUAUUUAACAAUGGAAGAGGAUACAGAUUAUAGAAUGAGGUUUAGUUCUUUGUGUUUUAUUAAUGAUCAUGUUGGAUUUCGUGGCACAAUAAAAAGCUCGCCAAGUGACUUUAUUGUUAUUGAAAUUGAUGAGCAGGGACAAUUAGUUGAUAAGACUGUUGAUGAACCUAUUUCUGAGAUUAGUCAAUUAAAACCUGAGCCAAAUAAUUUUCCCAAACAACCAAAACUAGAUCUUCAAAAUCUGUCCUCUGAAGGUAGAAGUAGCCAAGAAGUUAGUACUUUGUCCAGAUGCUCUGAUAGUAACCAAAAUUGUCAGUCUGAUUCAGAAAAAGAAGAUACUAUCAAUGACGGAGCUUCCAAAUGGGAAGAAAAACCUGAUGUAGUAAGCCCCUAUUUAGAUAAAAAAACUAAUGAGUUACUGAAUCAUUUUGCCUGUGACAUAAAAGACAAAUGGCUUUCUAAAGCUGAGCUGACUGGACCAACUCCUGAAUUCUCAACAGGCAGGAUCCUUGACAAAACCCAGAGGGCUAGUUUACAUAGUGCGAUUAGGCAGAAAUUUCCUUUUUUAAUGACUGUAGGAAAAAACAGUGAAAUUGUUGUAAAACCAAAUCUCAAUUAUAAAGAACUCUGUCACUUAGUAUCUGAAGAAGAAGCAGCUGGCUUUUUUAAAUAUUUAGAUGCAAAGGAAGAAAAUUCUAAGUUUCUCUUUAAACCUGAUGCAAACAAAGACCACAGAAAAGCUGUUCACCAUUUUGUCAACAAAAAGUUUGGAAACCUUGUGGAAUCCAAAUCUUUUCCUGAACUGAAUUACAGUGCUAAUAAUCCAAAUGUGAUAACAGUAAGAUUUCGGGAAAAAGCACACAAACGUGGGAAAAGAUCUCUUCUUGAAUGCCGGGAAAGAAAGGAUAUGUAUACAGCUUUUACCCUACAAAAGGAAAACCUGGAAAUGUUUGAAGCGAUUGGUUUUUUAGCUGUCAAACUUGGUGUGAUUCCUUCAGAUUUUAGUUAUGCAGGACUUAAAGACAAGAAAGCCAUCACCUACCAAGCAAUGGUUGUCAGAAAAGUGACUCCAGAAAGGUUGAAUAAUAUUGCAAAAGACCUUGAAAAGAAAAGAAUGAGCGUGUUUAAUAUUCGGUCUGUAGAUAAUUCCCUUAGACUUGGUCAGCUCAAAGGAAAUCACUUCAAUAUUGUCAUCAGAAAUUUAAAAAACCAAAUAAAUGAUUCUGCAAACUUGAGAGAAAGAAUUUUGGAGGCAAUAGAAAAUGUUAAGAAUAAAGGCUUUGUGAAUUACUAUGGACCACAGAGAUUUGGGAAGGGAAAGAAAGUUCACACAGAUCAAAUUGGACUGGCUUUGCUGAAGAGUGAAAUGGUGAAGGCCAUAAAAUUAUUUCUUACACCAGAAGACUUGGAUGAUCCUGUAAAUAGAGCAAAGAAGCAUUUUCUUCAAACUGAGGAUGCCAAAAGCACACUUUUGUUGAUGCCUGAGUUCAAAGUUCGAGAGAGAGCGUUGCUGGAGUCGUUGCAUCGCUUUGGCCUGACGGAGGAGGGUUGUGUCCGGGCGUGGUUCUCUUUCCCCCAUUCCAUGCGCAUAUUCUACAUUCACGCAUAUAGCAGCAGAAUUUGGAACGAGGCCGUGUCUUACAGACUCGCAACCUAUGGAUCAAGAGUAGUGGAGGGUGAUCUGGUUUGUUUGGAUGAACUGACUGAUGAUGAACAGCUCCCAAAUAGUAAAGUUCAUCUAGUAACUGAAGAAGAGGAGUCAGCUAACACAUAUGCAAUAUGUCAGGUGGUUCUUCCAGUACUUGGAUAUAAUAUUCAGUACCCAAAGAACAAAGUAGGGCAGUGGUAUCUUGAAGCACUUAGCAGAGAUGGACUAGCGACAUGCAAGUUUAAAGUGCCUGCUCUGAAACUGAACGUGCCAGGAUGCUACAGACAGAUUUUGAAACAUCCUUAUAAUCUCUCGUAUCAACUAAAGGAAGGUCAUGACAUUGAUGUCGAAACAGAAGGUUGCCACAUCGGUGAAGCAACUUUAUCUCUUUUGAUCUCUUUUGACCUUGACAGUUCAUGUUAUGCUACAGUUUGUCUAAGGGAAAUGAUGAAGCAUGAUGUUUAAAACGGAUGUCCUUGAUAUAUUUGUAUAUAUGUCAUUCUCUGAAGGAAUGGGAGCUAAAACUUAUUGUGGGUCUACCAUGGGCUAAGAGCUUCCUAAUUGCCACCUUCUCUAAUUUUCACAGCAUCCUGACAAGUUGGAGUCUGGUCCUGUAAAGUUCCAGAAAACAUGUGUCUGGAAAGUGUCGGGGUCUGAAUGUAAGAUUCAUCUGACUCCAAAACCUGUGUUCUUUCUUUUAUAUAAUGUUUCAGUGACCGUUACUCUGUGUCCCAAAAGUUACAGUCUUUUUUAAACCACUAGCAACAUAUAAUACUGUCAGAUAACAUUUAGGGAAAAAAAAAUUUGUAUCGUUACUUUCAUAUUCCCUAGCACCUUACUUAGAACAGAGGUAAAAUUAGGUUGCAGUGAAAGGUAUGGUUGGAGAAAAAAAUGAAGCAUUUUGCUAAUGAUUAUUGUUAUCCUUGCCUGUUUUUCAAAUUAUUGAUCAGAACAAUAUACAAGGAAAAUACCACCCCUCUAUUUAUAAUAGCUAUUCCAGGGUAGUUAUUACCCUUUUAUGAGAUAAUCUUUGAUGAAGUUUGAAAUAUAUUUUUUAUACAAUUUCUAUAUUUUGACAUA